AGAUCGGUAUGACAUCAGAGAGAGCAGCCUUGCUCACCAGACCACUAUAAGAUCGAGGGUUCAGCACCACGUUUUGCGCCAUCCGACCAUAGCCGGCUGGUUGCGAAGUGUAUCCUGUGAUCUUACCCACUCGAUCCUCGCUGACGAGAAGAGACGAGGGGACGACGCAGUGCAUCUCGUCGAGCUCAGCAGUGCCAAGCCGCAGUACAGCGCUUGUCCCGAUCGGGAAGCGUGAAUCCGGGCGACGAGAAGAAUUACCGCGGAGGACGAGCAAUUGCAUUCCACUCAGCUUCUCCCCAUCUGCACUUCGCUCGGCAGAACCCUCCAUGAUGGCAUCGGCUCAACCUUGGAGGAGCGCCGCGAGGACUUUAUCCUGGACUCGAGUCCUCCCGCCGCGGGUGCGACAAGGGGCAUCGCUGCGCCGCGGAUGGCAGACCAGAUGCGUCCAGAUUCGCGCUGCGCCUGCGGAGGAGCCAGCGACGGUCAACGGCGACAAUCUGCCUAUCUCCAGCACCCCUAGCUCUGCUGAAUCGGCCGAUGCACGAUUCGAUGUCAUCGGCGCGCCAUACUCCCUCCUAUCAGUUUCGCUUUCCGCCUCGCAGAAUCUCUAUACCCGACGGGGCACCUUGGUUGGACUGAGCGGGAAAGCAGACAAUGUGGUUUCUACCCUGAGCGUUCUAGAACCCUUCCGGAGGGCUGUUGUCGGCGUGCCAUUUCUCUACCAGAAGGUGUCUUCGGCAAGUCCAGUGACAGCCUUGGUCUCCGUGCGCUCUCCGAAUACGUCUUUUGCGGUUGUUCACUUGAAUGGCUCCGUGGAUUGGAUGGUGGCCCAGAGGCGGGCGUUGCUGGCAUGGACCGGUCGCUCACUCUCAAUUCGCCCGACUAUCAACACAAACCUGAGCCUUGCCCACUGGGGUAGCUCUGAGGUCACAGGACGUGGAUUGUUGGCGUUGGUUGGCAAUGGCCAGCUGUAUUCCGUUGAGCUCAAGGCUGGAGAGCAGUAUGUUGUUCAUCCAAGCAAUGUCGUUGCCUACACCAUUUCAUCCAACCCCCCACGUCCUUACCGCUUCAAAUCUACGACCUUGAGAUUCCAGGUUCCAGGUCUCAAGAGCCUCCCGAACUUCAUCCAGGGCUCCAAAUUCAUCCAGGACAUGUCGGAAUCGAGCACAUGGAAGACGACAAUGAGAAUCGUCCACAGGCUCCGUACAUGGUCUCGAAUGACCAUCUGGGGAGAUCGGUUGUUCCUCCAAUUCGAUGGGCCUUCGACCAUCCUUCUACAGACCCGUGGCCCUCGUAUCAACGAGGUCUUGACCACGCAUGAAGUUAACGAAAUUGCCAGCGCGCCCAGAGGGUUGACUAUUGGUCUGGCAAAGCCUACUGGAGAACAGCGUCAACCAACAGCCGAAGAUGAAUACAGAAAGGCUGCCGAGGAGUCCGUCAAUGCCGGACCCGGGCCAUCACGGUCAGUGGAUGCCUUGACCAAUGAGAUUAAGGGCACAGCUCAAAGUAUUGCUACUAUGACAAAGGACGGCAAGGUGGUCUUCGAGAAGCCGGGGCAAAAAUGAAUUGUCUGACUCUGCCACUGCUUCUAGCGCAUAGAUCGAGAGCCCAUUCAGGUACCUUUUUUAUGUUUCAUUGCAGGCUCAAUGUACUAUAGACAAUAGCUUGUGUCCGAUCACACCCUACCAUACGUGAACUCAAUCUCUUUUUCUUUUUCCCUUUUUCAGUUUUCCGACCUUGGUCGAAUCAAAGCGUUUCUACCUUGCGUUGUCUUAGAUUCUAGCCAACAGGACCUCGUGUAUAAGCCGACCUGACAAGUUGCGGGGGUUCCAUGAAUGAAGGGCUCGCAAGGGGCCCCGUCGUGCACUACAAUGUCUCAC